AUUAUCUGUUGUCCCAAGAAAAAGGUUGCGGUGAAAGGUAAAAUUCAGCCCUAAUAACACCGUAAAAAUAAAACUCAGCAAAGCAAAGGGACAAGCUGCUGCUUUCUGUUCUUAAAUUUUAUUUGAUUUUUUUUUAUUUAUUCUUCAAAACCCCAAUUCAAUUGAAAGAGAGAUGGAAGGAGAAGAUGUAGACAUGGCAGCUGGGGAAUCCACUGAAGCUGACCUCGAUGACAUGAAAAGAAGGUUAGAAGAGAUGGAGGAAGAGGCUGCUGCUCUUCGCGAGAUGCAAGCUAAGGUCGAGAAGGAGAUGGGUUCCGUACAAGAUCCAGCUGCUGCAGCUACAUCUCAGGCAAAUCGAGAGGAAGUAGAUUCCCGAUCAGUCUUUGUGGGCAAUGUGGAUUAUUCAUGUACGCCUGAAGAAGUUCAACAGCAUUUCCAGUCUUGUGGAACCGUAAAUAGAGUUACUAUUCGUACAGACAAGUAUGGCCAGCCAAAAGGUUAUGCUUAUGUGGAGUUCCUUGAAGCUGAGGCUGUUCAAGAGGCUCUUCUUCUGAAUGAAUCUGAGCUACGUGGCAGGCAGUUGAAGGUUACUGCUAAGCGCACCAAUAUUCCUGGGAUGAAACAAUGUCGUCCACGCCGGUCCAACCCUUUUAUGCGACCCAGGAGUCCAUUUAUGGCUCCAUAUUUCUUUGCUCCUUAUGGAUACGGGAAGGUUCCAAGGUUGAGGAUGGCAACGCGUUACAACCCCUAUUAUUAAAUACCUGGACCAUGGUAGUAAUUCCAAAUAUUUUCGGUAACCGCUUUCUCUGGGGCUAUGUUUUGGGUAGAUUACGAGGGAUUUACUUUUGCCCCGUCGAUUUGGUUGAUGUCCCAAAACUAUGCAAGAAUUGUGGUCUAGUUUUUUUUAUGGUGAAUUCUGCACAAUAUGUUUCUUGCACUACCAAUGUUGCCUCACCUAAAUUCAUGUUUUUCAAUUAUGUUGAGCUGCCCCCUUUUUGGCUAAGUUCAAUUCUGUGGUGAAUUUUUUUUUAUUGUUACUCGAUUCUUGAGAAUUCAAUGGUUCUUUUAGCAGUUUCUAAAUUCAAAAACCAGAAGUAGAUUUAAGAAUUUGGAUAAUUCAUUUCCAUUUGCAACACCUUGAAAGUAGUCAAAUGUUAGGCUGUUAGCAAAUCAGCAGGCAGCAACCAUGGUUUCGGGGCUAGGCAUUGCCGACUGAUACGCGGCCUACGCCUCCAACUUGGUAAUGGGAUCAGAAGUUUGAUGUACAGGGACCCAUUUUUAUUCUUGUUGGGUUUGAAGGUGGUCCUUGGAACAGAAGUAUUCUAUAAAAUAAAUGAUUGAUUGCAAUUGAG